AUGGCGGACUCGGACAGAGGAGGGGCCGAAGGCCCAUCGCUGGCAGCCGAAGACUCGGUGCUGGGAGAGCCGAAAUGUGUUGGGCUGACUGGCCCAUCAGGGUACGCCGGCGGGCUGAUGUUAGAGGGCCUAGGGCAACAAGCAUUUCCCUAUCAGAAUCAUGUCCAGGUUCAAGGAAAACGGGUCGAGGGACCUAGUGAAGAUGCCGAGAAGUAG